GGGCGGGGCUUGCGGGCAGAGUGUUUGUGAGAGAAGCUAACAAUGGUGCAACUUUCUAAAACUGGAGUGAAAAACACGCUCAAAGCUGGUCAUCCUCCCGCAGUGAAAGCUGGAGGAAAAAGAGUGGCAAAGAAGAGCGCUGAUGAUAACGCCAAUGUGGAGAAAGAGACCAAGAAAGUGGAUAAACCCAGGUCCGCGCCGACCCCUUCCAGAAUGCAGCACAUGAGUCUUCUCCUGGCUGGUCCACUUGAGAAGCUGGGUCAUGAUUUCCCCGAGACUCCAGUUUCUGUGCGGCACAGCAGAGUCAGACCGAGCGUGGAGAAACCUCACGUCCCGCGCAUCUCCACCUGCAUUCAACAGCCGCGCAAGUUUUGAGCCAAAAUAGCUUUCGCUGCUGAGCUUCUGACAACAUGACAUGCGGAAGACAACCAGUAUGUGUUUUUGUAGGUGAAUCAUUGAUGUGACUUGCUAGUAGACUUGUAACAAAGUUACUGUAAUGUGACCUCUGAUCAGGUUGUUUGUUGUAGCUUUGCAGCUUGGAAGGUUUUUCUUCAUGAAUAGAGUUUGUGCUUAAGCUGUGUGGAAGAUUCAUUAACCCAGUGUGAAUUAAAGCUGUGCUGUUGGAGAGUUUCAGACUGCUGCUUGACUGAUAUGAACAAAUGUUAAUAUGCUUGGCACUUAAUUGUAGCAUGAAUACUGAACUUUGUUUUUGAAAAUCAAUGAAACAAACAGUUUUUCCUACUCCCACACAAGGAGACUUUCAUACUAGUAAAAUUCACUUUUCCAGCAAA